AUGGAGGAUGAGAGGAGCACCCAGUCGUACCAGGGAGGUGAGGCCGCCGAGCAGGUGGAGGUGACGGACAGGGGCCUCCUCGGCAACCUCCUCGGCAAGAAGAAGGCGGAGGAGGACAAGGAGAAGAAGGAGGAGGAGCUGGUCACCGGCAUGGAGAAGGUCUCCGUGGAAGAGCCCGAGGUCAAGAAGGAGGAGCACGUGGAUGGCGAGAAGAAGGAGACCCUCUUCUCCAAGCUGCACCGAUCCAGCUCCAGCUCCAGCUCGUCUAGUGACGAGGAAGAGGAGGAGGUGAUCGACGACAACGGCGAGGUGAUCAAGAGGAAGAAGAAGAAGGGUCUCAAGGAGAAGCUCCAGGAGAAGCUGCCCGGCCACAAGGACACCGAGGGUGAGCACGUGACGGGCCUACCCGCACCGGCGGCCCCCGCGUCCGUGCAGACCCACCAUGACACCGACGUCGUCGUCGAGAAGAUCGACGGUGACGUGAAGACAGAGGCGACACCGGCAGUGCCCGAGGAGGAGAAGAAAGGCUUCUUGGAAAAGAUCAAGGAGAAGCUGCCCGGCGGCCACAAGAAGCCGGAGGACGCUGCUGCGGUGCCCGUCACGCACGCUGCUCCGGCGCCCGUCACGCACGCUGCUCCAGCACCGGUGCACGCGCCGGCGCCGGCCGCCGAGGAGGUGAGCAGCCCUGACGCGAAGGAGAAGAAGGGCCUGCUGGGCAAGAUCAUGGACAAGCUGCCUGGUUACCACAAGACAGGGGAGGAGGACAAGGCCGCCGCCGCUACAGGCGAGCACAAGCCCAGCGCUUGA